AUAAUUUCCUUCUAAAAACAUCGUCAAAAGUCUUUAACCACUUUAAGAAAAAAGUGUGAAAUUAUCUUAAGUGGGUAGUAUCAACGAGUCCUUUUAAAAUCGGGCUAAUAUAACGGUACGUUCUAAGUAAAGAUAGAAGUGUAGAUAAGUUAAUAAGAUUAUUAUUAUACCUCAUGUUGAGGUCGGGGACCGGAUUUUAAAGACGGAAUGUUUCUGAAACCGUGUAUAAAAAACGGCUGGUCUCCAGGGAUCGGUCAUUCCGCGGCCGGAGUGGGUGCACGCAUCUUCGUUCCCGAAAAUAAAAACUCUUUUUUGUGUACAGCCAGCUUAAUCCUUCAUUCUGCUACUUAUAGUAGUCUCGAGCCAAGUCUCACGGGGGGUGAAUGUUGUUCGAGUUGUUUAGUUCUAUUUAGAAGAUUAUUUACACCAGUGCGAUACACCCGGAUAUCAACGGAAUGUACUCAAACACAGCCACAGAGAACAUGGGUGCAACCAAUGGCGCCAAACGUUUCUCCAGUUACCCGUUACCAGUUCACUUACAACCCAUACGACUCUCGUAAAGUAUAUCAGAUGCAGCCCUCGCAGUACACACACCAAGAGAUUCCGAUGCAGCAGAAUAUGGCUCCGAUACCCAUCAGCAUACCGGCUGGAGCCAGCUUGACGCCCGUCUCAUUGCAGCAUGUACAGCUAGUCCCCUGCAUGUGUCCCGUCGCCCCUGAGGAGGCUGAACAGCUUCUAGAACAGAAUGGACCCCGACCCUACGGAGCCCAGACUUACUCCCAAACUUAUCCGGUAGCGCAACAAACGCCUGCCGCUCCAGAAUCCGAUAAAAUCACAAAACAGUGAGCACCGAGUAGACAUUUGCAUUUAGCACGUAGUUUUAGAAUGCCGCCAAUGAUUAUAUCUUUUUAUGUGUAAUUUAUUUCAAAUUAUUAAUUAUAAUUCUUUUUAGAAUGUAAAACCGGGCUUAUGGUGUAUGUUGUAAACAAAGAGCAUUGCCGUGUUUGGUACAAAUGCAACGAACAUUGCUGACGUAUUUUUUCAUUAUAGACACCAAAUUUAAAAACGUACUUCGGUCGAGUGCGAUUAGAAUAAGUGUAAAAUUGUGCGACUGGCGUUACAUCGGCAUCGUAUUUAACCACACCCGUACUCGCAUCCGCAUGAAAUAAAAAACAGCCAUAAUAGUGUAAUUUGUCGGUUAACUUUGAAAAGCUUUCUAUGAAGACUGAUAGUUUAAGAUAAUGUGUGCGAACAUUUUGAAUAAAUAUAAAAUUCUACAGA